AUGCCGCGACAUAAUGGUGGCGUUAAGUACGAACGUGGUGGCUCACCUGUGCCGAGUGUGAGAUCAGGGACUAUGGGGCCGCCCUCUCCCAACCCUCUCAAGCGGAAAGUUCCUCCUAGUGAGAGUCAUCAUUCCAUGGCUCGAACAUUUAAUCGUUCCCAUGCUCCUAGUGCUGAAACACAUCAUCGGAGGGAUGAUGAAACAGAGCCUAUGUUCAUGGAACUGAGGUACCGACCGGACAGCUUCAGAAACGGCCAGCAAGGCUCUCCAGUAUCACAGAAUGCCGAUGCCAGCUUUCUCCAGCAGAGUUUCUCUCACCCAACCUUUGCCGAUAUUGGACUCAGACAGAAAGCUUGUAAUGAUACAUUAGGAGAUCUUCAGACGCUCGGCGUGUCUCACGUCGCCCCCCUUCCUGAGCUUGUUCUUGUUGGCGACCAGUCAUCUGGCAAGUCAAGCCUGAUGUCCGGUCUGGCUCGUAUAAACCUCCCGAGGAGUGCUGGCGUGUGCACGCGUUGCCCUCUUCAUAUUCGGUUGAUCAGUAGCAAGACCGAUCACUGGUCAUGCACUGUCUCUUUACAACAGGAUUAUGAUUUCCAGCCACAUCCUGAUCGUAAACCGGAGCUGUCAGAUGUUACCGUGGCAAAGCCAUUCCCUCCCUGGGUUAAGAGUAAUCACAGGGAUAUCAAACCGUUCAAGACUAUCUUUAAUCCUUCCGAGAUUGAGGAGGUUCUUCGCUGGGCCCAGAUUGCAAUAUUAAAUCACAAUCGCAACUUUGAGAUUUUUGUCCCUGGUGAAGGUGCUUUUGCUAAAGAAACGCCCCUUGAUGUUGCGGCUCGGGAGACAGAUGCCCAAUUCUCUCCGAACAUCGUAGCCUUAGAGAUGAGAGGGCCUGGGCUUCCAGAUCUAAGCUUCUACGACCUGCCUGGCGUCUUCCAAUCUCCAGAAAAAGAAGAGGAUAUGUACGUGGUGAAAGUCGUAGAGAACCUGACACUUGACUAUAUCAAACGGCCCAGGGCAAUUAUUAUGUGGGCUCUUCCGAUGAACGUCGAUGUGGAAAAUUCCAUCUCUUUAAGCAUCAUCCGCAGAGCCAAAGCGACCGGCCGAACCAUCGGUGUUAUGACAAAGGCAGACCAACUUCCCCCUCAGAACAUUUCCAAUUGGUUAUCUAUGUUCCAAAAUGAGAAGCAACUCGUUGGGCAUGGUUUCUUUGCUACAUCGCGUCCGCCGGAUCAGGCGCUAGAGAACGCAGCAAAAUGGGAAGAACUCUUCUUUAAUCGCGAGAUCAGCGGUAUUCAAUGGCCUACCGAAUUUGCAGAGUUUAAAGACCGCUGUGGUGUCGAGGUCCUAUUAAGGUACCUAUCCUCUAAGCUCGGGGAAGCCUUUACUGAGAGUCUUCCGUCAAUUAAAAAUACCGUUUUCACCCGCCUCAAGGUUGUCGAGGGCGAAUUAGCCGCCUUGCCCGAACUUCCCCCUAAUGUAGAAUAUGAGGUGAAAAAGAGCCUCUUUGAUUUUCUUCAGCAGAUGAAAACCGCCAUGAAGAAUACUACGUUUUCGUCUGAAUGGAAUGCAUUGAAUAGCCAAUUUCAAGAAUGCAUAUUCAGAAUAAAACCAACCUGCACAGUCAAAGAUUCGGAGCUUCAGACAAUCGAUAUUUCUGGAGGUGAUUCAGAACCUACCACACCGACACCACACAGACAUCGACCUACUGAUUCGACUAUGCGAAGCCUCGCAACCCCCAGCAGGCGACACCGCCAAGAAGGUGCCGGUACCCCUGUAAAGAAUGAAGACAUUGCGGUGGGAAUGUCACGCACAUCGUCCAUCGUCGGCGGUCUAGGAGCCGGUGUGUCGGACCCAUUCACCAAGUAUUACAAUCUUGGUCGGUUCGCAAUGGACAUUAAGGAUAUCCGCAAUGAGAUUCUAUCAAAGAAACGACCUGGCAUGCCGCGAGACUUGGUCCCCGACGAAGUUCGCGAGAAUUUAUGCUUGAAAGCAGUCAGAAAGUGGGAAGCGCCACUAGAAACCUACAUCAAUAAGACAGCGGAACUGCUAAAGAGGACCGCUAAUGCCGCCCUCGAAAGCUCUCUAGAGUCACUGCGCAGCCGCUUAAUCUUCAAAGACUGCAGGAAGUAUUUAAGUGAAUUUAUUGACAAGACAGUCGCUAGCCAAAGGGCACGCCUAGAGGAGAUAUUCGGAUCCGAAACGUAUCAACUUUACAUGAUGAACGACGAUGCGUUCCAUCGCUAUAAAGCACAGGAAAUGGAAGAAAUUACACGCAUGCGAGGCAUCCUACGUCUAAAGGCCUUGACUUUGAUUGACUGGGGUUAUAAGGUCAAUAAAUUAGAAAAGAUGUCGGAGGAGGACAAGGCCAAGGAACGAAAAAUGCUUGAUGCUAACCUCCACAAGGCUGGGAAGGACCCCUACGAUACUGAAAUUGAGGUGGCCGGUUUUGUUCGUGGAUAUUAUAUGAGUACGACUUCUCAAUUGUUAUUCUGA